AAUUGUCAAUAGUUGCUGUACAACAAAUUGCCUGGCGUUAUCAACAUCGAUUUAAAUUGCGCAUGGCGGAAGAAACUGAUUUUCCACUGCAGGCAGUUGCCAAACAGCGCAGUGAAGAUUUAAGCAGUCAUGGAGAAGAAAAGAAAGAAGUGACUGAAGGAAAAGAUAAUGAAAUGUUAACAAUGGUGUCACAUUUCUAUGAUUCAAUAAAAUCUCUGACUGAUUUUCAGUCUCAGUAUCCACAGUUGACUACUUUGUACAUUACUGGGAUACCCCUUGAUUCCCUGAAUGGAGUGCAACAUUUACCACAUCUUACACAGUUGUUUGCUAUGAAAUGUAAACUGCGAAAUGUAAAUGCUGUGGAAGAGUGCUAUCAUUUGGAGAAACUGUGCUUAUACUCCAAUGUGAUCCAAGAAAUACCUGAUCUUAAGCACGUGCAGAAAUUGCAAACUUUGUGGUUAUCAGGAAAUGAAAUUUCCUGUAUUAAGAAUCUUGAAUCUCAGAAGAAUUUGUGUGAACUGUAUCUAAAUAAUAAUAAAAUCAAGGAAAUAGGCUCAUCAUUGAAGGAAAACAAAAAUUUACAUACCUUGAAUUUGGCUGCCAAUCCAAUCUUUUCCCUGAAGGAAAUAAUCAGUUUGGCAGAACUUCCAUCUCUCACAUCUCUAAUACUUGCAGACUCUCAGCAUGACAUGCAACCAAUGACUGAACUCUUGAACUACAGCUCAUAUAUUAUCUAUCAUUUAAACAAGCUGGAAAUCUUGGAUGGAUAUCCAGUUGAUCAAAGAGAGAGAAGCAGAGUGACGCUGUUUUAUAGUAACCUACUUCUUCAGUUCCGCAUAUUGAAGUACAAACUCCUGGGUGAUUAUUAUAAAGAGAUCUGGAUAAAGCAAGAAGAAAAUAGAGAUGCAUUAGCAAGAUUCAGAAAAUGGUACCAGAUUUAUAUGUCAUUAGCUGCUCAGCUUGAGAGAGGUGAAGAACCGAAAUGUAAUUUGCAACGUGAUGAUAUAAAGACAAGACUUGACUACUUAUCUAUUGAAGUAAAAAACUGGGAUGCUGAAGUUGCAGAGUAUAUGGCCAUUCUCUCAACAAUGAGAAAGAUCAGACUUACUCAACUGGAUUAUGAACUGGAGAAUGCAAACAAUUUGAAGUUCAUUGGAUAUGAGGCUGAUACUGAAAUUGUAGAUAUUUUUAAUACUAUUAUGAAUUCAUAUUGCUGUUCGCACAUUGAAAGGUUUGUAGAGUUAACAGUAUUGUAG